UGUCUCGAUCUUUGGACUCUGCCCCGGGGCCGGCUCACACCUUAUUCCAGGAGACUCAUAGCAAGCAGAGGCUUCUCUGCCCACCCUGAGUCCUGGAUCCUUCAUAAACAACAGACCAGAAGGGGAUUCUUCAUCAACCAGCUGGACACCUCCAUAUCACCAGCCCCUGCCCUCUGGCUGCUCCUGCCCGGGAAAAGGCCUGGAGGAAGAGGCCAGGAAAGGAAGAGACCUGCCCCUCUCCUCUGUCCCUCCAUUGACCCAGCACCAGCAUCUGGAGACUCCAUGGCCUGGGCUUCCUGGGGCUGCUGCCCCUGGCUUGUCCUCCUCUCUGUUUGUGCCUGGGGCCAUGCAAAGCCAGUGGACCUGAGAAGAGAGAACGUGAGAAACUGUUCAACGAGCCCUCAUUACCUUCCAGUUACUGUGGUCAAUACCACGGUGCAGCUCACAGCCCUUCGCCAGCAGAUGCAAACCCAGAAUCUCUCUGCCUACAUCAUCCCAAACACGGAUGCCCACAUGAGUGAGUACAUUGGCGAACAUGACAAGAGGCUUACAUGGAUGACAGGCUUUACAGGGUCUUCAGGAACUGCAGUGGUGACCAUGGGGAAAGCAGGUCUCUGGACUGACAGCCGCUACUGGACCCAGGCUGAGCAAGAGAUGGACUGCAAUUGGGAGCUCCAUAAGGAAGUUGGCAGUACUCCCAUUGUCAACUGGCUCCUCAAUGAGAUUCCUGCUGGAGGGCGUGUGGGCUUUGACCCCCUCCUCUUCUCCAUUGGCACCUGGAAGAGUUAUGACACGGCCCUCCAAGGCUCUGACAGAGAGCUGGUGUCAAUCACAACCAACCUUGUGGACCUGGUGUGGGGUUCAAAGAGGCCUCCAGUUCCAAGCCAGCCCAUUUAUGUCCUGCAGGAGGCAUUCACAGGGAGCACCUGGCAGGAGAAAGUAUCUAACAUUCGCAGCCAGAUGCAGAAGCAUCGCAAGGCCCCAACUGCUGUACUUCUGUCAAUGCUUGAUGAGACAGCCUGGCUCUUCAACCUGCGCAGUAGUGACAUCCCUUAUAACCCCUUCUUCUAUUCCUACACGCUGCUCACGGACUCAUCCAUCAGGUUAUUUGUAAACAAGAGUCGUUUUAACUCCGAGACCCUGCAGUAUCUGAACUCCAGCUGCACAGGACCCAUGUGUGUGCAACUUGAAGAUUAUAGCCAAGUCUAUGACAGCGUCCAAGCCUACGCCUCAGGAGCUGUGAGGAUCUGGAUUGGGACCAGCAAUACUAUGUAUGCAUUUUACAACGUGAUACCCCAGGAUAAAAUCAUAGCAGAAACCUACUCCCCAGUGAUGGUAACCAAGGCGGUGAAAAACAGCAAGGAGCAGACUCUCCUCAAAGCCAGCCACGUGCAGGAUGCUGUGGCAUUGAUCUGCUACUUGGUCUGGCUGGAGAAGAACGUGCCCAAAGGCACAGUGGACGAGUUCUCAGGGGCACAGCUACUGGACACAUUCCGAGGAAAAGAAAAGUUUUCCUCCGGACCCAGUUUCCAAACCAUCUCUGCUAGUGGUCUGAACGCUGCCCUGGCCCACUACAGCCCAUCAAAGGAGGUACACCGCAAGCUGACUUCAGAUGAGAUGUACCUGGUGGAUUCUGGGGGACAAUACUGGGGCGGAACCACAGACAUCACCAGAACAGUCCACUGGGGUACCCCGUCUGCUUUCCAAAAGGAGGCAUAUACCCGCGUGUUGAUAGGAAAUAUCGAUCUUUCCAGACUCAUCUUUCCUGCUGGUACAUCAGGACCAAUGUUGGAAGCCUUUGCCCGCAAAGCCUUGUGGGAGGUUGGGCUCAAUUAUGGCCACGGGACAGGCCAUGGCAUUGGCAACUUCCUGUGUGUGCACGAGUGGCCAGUGGGAUUCCAUUCCAGCGGCCUUACUAUGGGCAAGGGCAUGUUCACUUCCAUCGAACCUGGUUACUAUCAGGAUGGCGAAUUUGGGAUCCGUCUUGAAGAUGUGGCCCUCGUGGUAGAAGCAAAGACCAAGUACCCAGGGACCUACCUGACCUUUGAAGUGGUGUCAUUGGUACCCUAUGACCGGAAUCUCAUUGAUGUCAGACUGCUGUCCCCAGAGCAGCUCCAAUACCUGAAUCGCUACUACCAGACCAUCCGAGAGAAGGUGGGCCCAGAGCUGGAGAAGCGCCAACUACUGGAGGAACUCAAGUGGUUACAGCAGCACACAGAGCCCUUGUCUGCGAAGGCUCCACGCACCACCUUUUUGGCCUCUCUGUUGGCAGCCUCCACUCUUGCCAUCCUUGGCUGGAGUGUCUAGAGGCCCAGGACUCCCCUGCUAACCCUGUCACUCAGCUCCCUUCACCCUGCACCACCCAUGCCCUAAGAGCUUCUGCUGGCCCAUUGCCUGGAAACCUUUAUCCUCAGCUUCCUUCUCCAGGACCAAGCCCCAGCCACUCAGGGCUUCUUGGGCUUAUACACCUCACCCUCGGUUCCCAACCCCAGGAUAGGAGAGCCAGCUAGUUCCUUUCCUCCAGUGGGCCCAGUAGGCCUAACCUAUAACCUGGCAGAGCCUGUUGCUGCUGCGCCCCAUGGCCCUGGGAGAGCCCCACCCUAAAACCACCAGAGCUGUUCCCUCACACUGGCUCCUAAAUCCAUGCCCUUAAGGUUGCCUCUAUUCACCCCCACCUGUACCUGGCCCUACAGUGACCUCCUGGCUGCUUGCCUAUAGAUUGAAGGAACAAGGGUGGCUUCCAAGCUUCCUGCUGUGCCUAUAAAGGGAGAGGAAGGGAGGGUGGUUGAGUCCUCUGAUGCCAUACUGCCACCCCAGGGUCAGGGAGACCAGCCAGGGAAGGGGCAUGUACAGCAGCCCUCCACCCAACGUGUGAGCCCAUCACUUCCAAACCCUGGAUGGGCUCCAUGCCAAGUGACAGGAUAGGGACUUAAGCCAUAGGAAUUUGGCCAUGGGGUAGGAGGGAAUGCGGGAAGCGCUCUGGAAUAUGGCCCUACCCAAAGUUGGGAAAAGCCUGAACAGUGAUGCUGAAUCAUUCUCUCAGAUUUCCUGGCAUGUGGGAGCCCAUUUAACUUUCCAAAGUACAGCCACAGUGAUGAUGCUAUUAAAUCCUUCAGCAUCCUUGGAUGACCAUUAACCUGUGAGGCCAGUGUCUGGUUUUCCCAUUUUAUAGAUAAGAGAACUGAGUCCAGACAGAGUGGGAUCUGCCCAAGAUACACAGUGUUUGGUUGGGACAUGGUGGGACCAGAAUGGGCCAGGAGUCCAACUCUUGACUUUUGGCACCAUGGAGAAUCCCUUAGCCUACCUCCCAGCCCUCUCUGGCUCUCUGAGCCACUGUUGUUGGGGGGUGGGGAAGGGUAGUUUUCUCUGGCCAGCCCAGCCGUUAGCCACCUGGGCUCACAUCCUGCUAGAUACUUAAAACAACCUGGCAACAAAGCCUGCAUUUA